CGUGGCCCUCAAUCCCCGCCCUCUGGCUGCUAAUCAGCUGGAGCUGGCAAAGAACGGCGCGACAUUUGUGUCACGGGACCAGUUCAAGAAAACGGGGUUGCGGGAGCUGCAGAGUUAGUAGUAGGGGUCGUGAGAGUGAGCGAAGGCGGCAAGAGAAGAGGGAAGCUGGAAUGGCUGCAGUUGGCUCACCGUUUAAUGGCAUGCUGUUUAGAAUGGAUUUUGGGCAGUCUUCAGACUCAUUCUAUCAAAGUGCAAGUCUCCAGAGCCCAAUGGACAACCCAUUUCUUUCUGCUAAUAUGAACAAUGAUAACCCAGUAAAUCCUGCUCCAAUGGGAAGUUCUGUUAACUUUGAUAAUACAUAUUAUAAUAAGUACAGUCUCUGCAAUUCAUCUCCCAGCUUGAUUGGUGGAGGCCUAACUCCAUUUAUGCGAAAUGCUUUACUAUCUGCAAACUCAGAAAGCGGUGUGGGAUACUUCGCCUCUUGCUCUGGGUUCUCACAUUCCACAAGAAAUAAACAUAAAAGAGAGGAGGAUAUCACUGAGUGUCCGUUGAAAAAAAGGAGAAUUUCGGAACAUGCCAAAGUCUCUGUAUUUCCUGAACCUACUGCAUGCCAUUCCUCCGCAGAUAUUUUAAAGGGAGAAAUAUCAAGGAGUUGCUGGGAUUCUAAUUGUAAGGCGGAAAUAACCGCUGCCAUUCAAUAUUCUGAGUCUGAUGUAUUAUCAGAAAUGCAUUUGGCCCAGAGUGAAGAAAUGGAAGAAGCAUCCAGUGAAUUUUUCUCUCCUGCAUGUGGAAAUGAUCACAGGUUAAGUAGCGCUAAUGAAGAAUUGGAAACUGACAAAAAAGCUGACUGUUUGCCUUCGCUUAUCUUGUCUGAUGUUCUUAAAGAAGGUUUAAAGCGAGGUUUUGAAGAGUCCCUCACAAAGAAGAUUGUGGAUUCAAUGAAUCGUCCUUCUAUGGAGCUUGUCCUCUGGAAACCACAGUCAGAGUUCCUUAUUGACAGACUGCAGGCAGUGCCUAAAAACCGUAAGAAGGAAAAAGAUUCAGAAAAGCCUUCCCACUCGGCAUCUAAAAUCUCCUUCAUUCAGGAAGUAGAAACAAUUGAAGAUGUUUGCCGUUCCAACACUACAAGUGCCCCAAACAGAACUUGGAGCAGAGACGAGGAAGAAGAAAUGGAACUAUAAAUGUUUUGUACAAAAACCUAUUUGGCCACAAACUCAAGGAUUUGUUUUAUUACAAAACUAAAACUGUACAGUUUCUAAACCCAUUUUUGGGAACAUGCACCACUAGCAAAUUUUCUGCCUCUUUUCAGCAUCAGCCAUGUGAAUGCUUGACUAUUAAAGGGCAACUACCGUGAAAAUGAAAAUUUAAUAUUAGCUGCAGCAUACUGAAAUAAGAAACUUUAUAAAUACAAUCAAUUAAAAAUCCUGUACCGUUUCUGAA